GCGCUCCAGUUGGGGGCUGGGGGCGACGCCCCCUCCGGGGGGCAUCUGCAGCCUCUUCCCCUGCCCCCCCGGGGACCCCGGAGAGCCCAUCGCCCGGAGGACGGCCUGCGGGGAAGCGCCAAGGGAUUCACCGUGUGAAUGAAAUAAAAUUGGGUUCUCCAGCGGUUUUAAUUGCGCCUACCUUCCACAUUCUGCAUCACCUUAUUCAGACUCAGCACAAAGUUAAUGGAGCUCUCCCUUAAGUAUCACUGAAAUCGGUCAGUUGAACAUCGACAAUAACCAGUGGCAUAUACAAUAGAAAACGCUUCAAAGUCCUCAUCUCUAACCUUGAAACCAACUGGAAUAGAAAACUAACAGAGGCCCAUCCGGGGGAGCCUUCUGGACACCUUUACCCCACGCGCUGGACGGCCCCAGCCCUCCCUCCUCCCCAGGUCCGCUAUGAAAGGCCUAUCCGGCAGCCGCCACCACCACCAUCCCCACCACGGGGUCGCCUGUGACCCGACCUGCGACUCCCUGUCCCACCGCUCCGACCGAAAGUCCUACCUGCUGACCCCGGCGGACCCCCACCCAGCGGACCACCCGUACUACACGCAGAGGAACUCUUUCCAAGCCGAGUGCGUGCUGCCCUUCGGCGACCAGCUGGUCAGCAGCACGUUCCCCCGGCGGCACUACAACUCCCACCAGGAGCUGAAGGAGGAGUGCGCCCUGGCCCCCCGCGCCUCCGCCGCCAAGGCCAACCGCCUCCCCACCAACCUGCUGGACCAGUUCGAGAGGCAGCUGCCCCUAGGCCGCGAUGGCUUCCACACGCUCCAGUACAAGCGCACCGCCCUGGAGCACCGCAGCGACAGCCCCGGGCGCAUCCGCCACCUGGUCCACUCGGUCCAGAAGCUCUUCACCAAGUCCCACUCCCUCGAGGGCCCCUCCAAGGGGAGCGUCAACGGGGGCAAGGCCAGCCCGGAGGGCUCGCAGACCGCCAGGUACGGCAAGCGCAGUAAGAGCAAGGAGCGGAGGGCGGAGGUCAAGGCCCGCUCCAACGCCUCGGGGUGGUGGAGCUCCGACGACAACCUGGACGGCGAAGUCUGCCUCUACCACGCCCCGUCCGGGGUGAUGACCAUAGGCCGCUGUCCGGACCGCUCCGCCUCGCAGUACUUCAUGGAGGCCUACAACACGGUCAGCGAGCAGGCGGUCAAGGCCUCCAGGAGCAAUAACGACGUCAAGUGCUCUACCUGCGCCAACCUGCCCGUCACCUUAGAGGCCCCGCUCCUGAAGAAGAGCUCGUGGUCUUCCACCCUGACGGUGAGCAGAGCCCGGGAGGUUUAUCAGAAAGCCCCGGUCAACGUGGACCAGGCCUUGGUGAAGUCCGAUUCCUGUCAGCAGGGACGUUCCUUCCAGUACCUUCAGGUUCCUCAAGAUGAAUGGACUGGGUACACCCCACGAGCCAAAGAUGAUGAAAUCCCUUGCCGGAGAAUGCGGAGUGGCAGUUAUAUCAAAGCCAUGGGAGAUGAGGACAGCGGAGACUCAGACACGAGCCCCAAACCAUCUCCAAAGAUCGCUGCCCGAAGGGAGAGCUAUCUCAAGGCCACGCAGCCAUCGCUCACAGAACUCACCACCCUCAAGAUAUCCAAUGAACACUCACCCAAACUUCAGAUCCGGAGCCACAGUUACUUGAGGGCCGUGAGCGAAGUCUCAAUCAACAGGAGUCUGGACAGCUUAGAUCCAGCCGGGCUACUCACGUCUCCAAAGUUCCGCUCCCGGAAUGAGAGUUACAUGCGGGCGAUGAGCACCAUUAGCCAGGUGAGCGAGAUGGAAGUGAACGGCCAGUUCGAGUCCGUGUGCGAGUCAGUGUUCAGCGAGCUGGAGUCACAGGCGGUGGAGGCCCUGGACCUGCCGAUGCCCGGCUGUUUCCGCAUGAGGAGCCACAGCUACGUGAGGGCUAUCGAGAAGGGGUGCUCCCAGGAUGACGAAUGCGUGUCUCUGAGGUCCUCGUCUCCUCCCCGUACCACCACCACCACGGUCCGAACCAUCCAGAGCAGCACCGGUAUCAUAAAACUGAGUUCUGCAGUCGAAGUUUCAUCUUGCAUCACGACCUACAAGAAGACCCCCCCGCCGGUGCCGCCCAGAAGCACGGCCAAGCCGUUCAUCUCCAUCACGGCCCAGAGCAGCACCGAGUCGGCCCAGGACGCCUACAUGGACGGGCACGGCCAGAGGGGCGACAUCAUCAGCCAGUCCGGGCUCAGCAACUCCACCGAGAGCUUGGACAGUAUGAAGGCCUUGACCGCCGCCAUCGAAGCCGCCAACGCCCAGAUCCACGGGCCGGCUAGCCAACACGUGGGCAACAACGCCGUGACGGUCACCGCCGCCGCGAACACCACCGCCACCACCACCAUCGCCACCGUCACCGCCGCCGAAGACAGGAAGAAGGACCAUUUGAAGAAGAACCGAUGCCUGUCCGUCGGAAUUCAGGUUGACGAUGCUGAUGAAUCUGUUGACCUGGUGGAGAGCAAAGUAACCAGUAAAUUCCAGUCCAUAGGAGUACAAGUGGAAGAGGAAAAAUGUUUCCGCAGGUUCACCCGAUCCAACAGCGUGACGGCGGCCGUGCAGGCGGACCUGGACUUCCAGGAGAGCCCGGACAGCCCGCCGGUCCCUCAGGAGGACGGCAGCAGCCCGGGCCCGCCUCCCGCCUCCCGCCAGGUGUCCCGGGACGCGGGCACCUCCACCGUGAGCAUCCAGGGCUCCGGGAACCACUACCACGCCUGCGCCGCGGACGAUGACUUUGACGCGGAUUUUGACCCCUCCAUCCUGCCCCCUCCCGACCCCUGGAUCGACUCCAUCACGGAAGACCCCAUGGAGGCCGUCCACAGGUCAGUGUGUCACCGCGACGGCCACUGGUUCCUCAAGCUGCUCCAGGCCGAGAGGGACCGGAUGGAAGGUUGGUGUCAGCAGAUGGAGAGAGAAGAGCGGGAGAAUCAUUUGCCCGAAGACAUUCUAGGGAAAAUCCAGCACGCUGUGGGCAGUGCCCAGCUUCUCAUGGCACAGAAAUUCUACCAGUUCAGAGAACUGUGUGAAGAAAACCUGAACCCUAACGCUCAUCCAAGACCAACUUCCCAGGAUUUAGCGGGGUUUUGGGAUAUGCUGCAGUUGUCCAUCGAAAAUAUUAGUAUGAAAUUUGAUGAACUUCAUCAGUUAAAGGCCAAUAAUUGGAAACAGAUGGAUCUUCUUGACAAGAAGGAGAGAAGGGUCCCUCCUCCCGUGCCCAAGAAGCCAGCGAAAAGUCACGUGCCCCUGAUCCGAGAGCGCUCCCUGGAGAGCUCGCAGCGCCAGGAGGCCCGGAAACGCCUGAUGGCCGCCAAGCGCACCGCCUCGGUCCGCCAGAACUCGGCCACGGAGAGCGCCGACAGCAUCGAGAUCUACAUCCCGGAGGCCCAGACCCGGCUAUGAAGGGGCUGAUGCUGUCUGUCUGUCUGUCUGUCCGUCUGUGGGGACGGCUCUCCCGGCCCCGCCCGGCCCGGCCUGGCCUCCUGUCUACUCUGACCUGACAGAUCCUUGGGCAAAGCCACCAUGAAGAAUUUGUAUUCACUCCCCCUUCUUCCUCUCUCUCUCUGUCACUUUCUUUGUCUCUCUCCCUCUCUCU